AGAGGACACUGACCUGUCUGUCCUGUGUGAGGGCCAAAGCUAUACUGACUAGACCAACCAGGGUCCUAUGGAGCUCUGUCCCUGCUUAUAUCCAGCCUCUCGCUCUUUCUCUUUUUUUCUCUUCUCUCUCUCUCUCUCUCUCUUGUUCUCUCUCUGCCAAUACUUCCAGUGAGUAAUUGAGUGCUGGCCGGCUCUCCUACUGUAGGUGGAGCUGGCUUUCCUGGAAUUGUGGGGCAGCUCUUCCUGUUGUGCUUGCUACUUGCUACCUCUUGCUCUCCGUCUCCUGGUUCCUGGUUAAUGACAGCCCUGCUCCGCUACCGCAGGAUUACUUCCUUAUGAAGACUUGUUCCAUCUGGAUGCUGGCCUCUCUUCUGUUACUGCACACUGCCACCGCCUCGUUUCGGGGGGUUUCUUUUGUUGUUGUUUAAUAUACUUUCAUGAAUUGGGUCAGAAGUUCCCCCUCAACUGAAAUGUCUCUGCAGUGCAAAGCGGGGCAAAAUCCAUCGAUAGCUGAUCAGCUUCCCUGGAUUUUGCUGACGACACCGCUUUGUUGUGCGUGAAGAUGGAAACACUGGAGUCGGAGCUGACCUGCCCAAUCUGUCUGGAGCUCUUCGAGGACCCACUGCUCUUGCCCUGCGCUCACAGCCUGUGUUUCAACUGUGCCCACCGCAUCCUAGUCUCCCACUGCACCCCCAACGAGCCUGUGCAGUCCAUCAGCGCCUUCCAGUGCCCAACCUGUCGCUAUGUCAUCACCCUCAGCCAGAGGGGCCUAGAAGGACUGAAGCGUAACGUCACUCUGCAGAACAUCAUUGACCGCUUUCAGAAGGCUUCCGUGAGCGGGCCCAACUCCCCCAGUGAGACUCGCCGCGAGCGGGCCGCCCUAGACAGCAAGGCCAUGACCUCCCCCAGCGAGAGGGUGCAGUGUCAGUUCUGUGAGCAGGACCCUCCCCAAGACGCCGUCAAGACCUGUGUCACCUGCGAGGUGUCCUACUGCGACGAGUGCCUGAAGGCCACCCACCCCAAUAAGAAGCCCUUCACUGGCCACCGUCUGAUCGAGCCCAUGCCGGACUGCCACCUCAGGGGACUCAUGUGUCUGGAGCACGAGGACGAGAAGGUGAACAUGUACUGUGUCACAGAUGAACAGUUGAUCUGUGCCUUGUGCAAACUGGUCGGUCGGCAUCGGGACCACCAAGUAGCAGCACUCAGCGACCGCUACGAGAAACUGAAGAGAACUCCAGACUACUAUCUCAGUGAGAGGAGUGAACAGGAGGAAGCAUACCAGGUGAUAUCUACGCAAGCCUUGGACUCUAACCUCAGCAAUCUAAUCAAGAGGAACAAUGAGUUGGAAACUCUGAUGGGCAAGUUGAUUCAGACUUGCCAACAUGUGGAGUGUAAUGCAUCAAGACAAGAGAACAAGCUCCUUGAAGAAUGUGACCUCCUGAUCGACAUCAUACAGCAGAGAAGACAGAUGAUAGCCACCAAGAUAAAGGAGGGCAAGGCUAUACGGCUGCGAAAGCUAGCCCAGCAGAUCGCCAGCUGUAAGCAGAUCAUUGAGAGAUCGUCGUCCCUCAUCACUCAGGCUGAUCACACCCUCAAGGAGACAGACCAUGCCCGCUUUCUGCAAACAGCCAAAAGCAUCUGUGAAAGAGUGUCCAUGGCAACAGCAUCCUCUCAGAUCCUGAUACCAGAGAUCAACCUAAAUGACACCUUUGAUACGUUUGCGUUGGACUUCACAAGGGAAAAGAAAAUGCUGGAAAACUUGGAUUACCUUACAGCACCAAAUCCCCCAAUAAUCCGGGCGGAAUUAUGUAUGGCAUCGAACGACACCAUCACUGUUCACUGGACGUCUGAUGACGAGUUCUGUGUGGUCUCCUAUGAGCUUCAGUAUGCCAUCUUCACCGGACAAGCCAAUGUUGUCAGUUUGUGUAACUCGGCUGAUAGCUGGAUGAUUGUGCCCAACAUCAAGCAGAAUCACUACACGGUGCAUGGACUCCAGUGUGGUACCAAGUACAUGUUCAUCGUCAAGGCCAUCAAUCAGGCAGGGAGUCGCAGCAGUGAGCCUUGGAAACUCAAGACCAACAGUCAACCAUUCAAGUUGGACCCAAAGUCUGCUCACAAGAAGCUGAAGGUCUCCCAUGACAACCUGACAGUGGAGCGAGACGAGACGUUGUCCAAGAAGAGCCACACUCAGGACCGCUUCACCAGCCAGGGCAGCUACGGCGUCACAGCGAACGUGUACAUCGACAGCGGGCGCCACUACUGGGAAGCCUUGAUAGGAGGGAGCACAUGGUUUGCUGUGGGCGUUGCUUACAAGUCAGCACCGAAACAUGAGUGGAUUGGCAAGAACUCUGCCUCGUGGGUACUUUCUCGCUGCAACAACUCCUGGGUAGUACGUCACAACAGCAAGGAGAUGCCCAUCGAACCGUCCCCCCACCUGCGUCGUGUGGGGGUGUUGCUGGACUACGAUGCUGGCUCCCUGGCCUUCUACGAUGGCGCCGGCUCACAGCACCUGUACACGUUCGACAUCGCCUUCGCUCAGCCAGUCUGUCCCGUGUUCAACGUGUGGAACAAGUGUCUGACUGUCCUCACAGGGCUGCCCAUACCAGACCACCUAGAGGGAACAGACUGCCGGGAUUAACAGUCCAGCUAAUAGAACACAGAGACACAGAGGGAGCAGAACAGACUGAUUGCAGCCUCACCUGGCUGCCUUUUUGUCCCAGCACCAAUGCUGUAUAAAACAGAAUAAAGCCAUGGUCCCAGAUGUCUCGAAUCAUGCUCUUAUUAGAAGUAAAUUAAUUUCUUGAAUUAUUUAUGGAAACCAUUUAUUGGAUUUUAUUUCUUGCUUUGCACAUUAAUGUACACUACUAUAUGUAUGCUUGUUGGUUUUUGGGGUGCGCCUUAGAGAGGAAGAUGGAUAUAACGUUUUGAAAUUCAGUCAAACUUAUUUUCGUGCAGCUCUGAGAAUAGUUUAUUUCCUUCUAACAAAUAUAGAAGGUUGUUUCCGUCUUUCCAUGUAUCCAUCGUUAGCAGCAUGUUGAUAAACGUUUUAUGUGUAACCUGUUGAUGUUGACAUGGCAUCAUAGCAGCAGUACCACAGAUUACUUCAUAAAGCAGUCAUAUCAGGAUUAGUCAUCUACACCUGUUCUGUUUCAUGCAGCUGUACCAAGAUCCUCUCUAUAAUUAGAAUUAUAAUAAACAUGUUAAGAGUUAUUUUAAGAGUUCAUCUUAGGUGAUUUAGUGCACUGACAACUUGACUAUGAUUGACAAAUUAACAGAGAAAAUUCUUCAUCUUCUCUUUGUUAAAAACCACUAUGAUGUUAAAAAGCUUAUUAUUGUCGAAAAUGUACAUUUGAAAUAGAAGCCAUUUUAAGUGAAUUUUCGAUACAGAAAUAACUUGACGCACCACCGCGUCACAUGGUGAUGGAAUUUUGAAUAUUGAAUAGCUCCUUGUGUGUUUCUGUUAAAGACCCGAGAAGAAGAGGUGAAGCGAGAGGGAUAACUGGGUGUUUUAUUUAUUUUUUGCUCACCAAGCACAGGAGUUUUUUGUCUGGUCAAAGAAAGUGUGUCGAAUUUGGUUUUAAAAAAUGCGCUAAUUUGCUACAUGUGGCUUAUUUGAUUGAAUAUAACUUUCAGAAUGAUUAGGUUGUUACGUGUGUACUGAUAUAAGUAGGACACGUGACAUGCAGGCCACUUCGAGAAUUUUUUUUUCAAUUGGAAUUGUACCUGGUCGUUACUAGUUACCACGGCCACAAAGUUUUUAAAGGAUUUAUUUGAUGAUAUAUACUGUACUUUUAACUUUGUGUAUGUGGUAGCUAGUGGAAACCAUUGUGCCUGUUCACACGCAUUCUAAAUCAAAUGGCUAAAUGAUACAUUUUAUGACCAAUUCCAUAUGUUAGCUUAGUAGAUAUGACGAUCUAAGGGCUUAGACCUACUUAAUUGUAAUUAAAUGCACCAUGUGCAAUCUCUGUACAUACCUUGCUGGUUUCUUCUCACAUAUUGGCUCUGUAUGUUCACAUACUUUUGGUAUUUGAGCAAUUUGACUUUUUCUGAUGCCUGCAUCAUUAUUUUCACACUAGUAUACAUUCCUCGUUAAAAAUGUAAUAAAGUGACAUCAACAAA